AUGACAGAUUUAGAUAGCAAGCUAAGAGGGGAAGAGAAUAUUAACUAUGUAUCAGAUUCAGAUGAGGAAGAAUGCAGUCGGGGCAGAGACUUAGAUGAUGAAAGUUCAACAGCGAAAGUCGAUGUUCCUGCAGAAAUAAAUGACCUGCCACAAUUUGAUACGUCUGGACCAAAGACUGGUCCCAAAGGUGUUUUAGAAGAUUAUCGGAGAUAUCAGGAAUUAAAAAAGUUACAAGAUGCUGAAGAAACAAAGGAAAGAAUUGCACUGCAUAAAAAACAUGCUUUCACUGUUGAUGUGGAUAAACACAAAGUUGAGGAAGAGGAAAACUUUGACGUUGAUGAUGAUGAUUUUUUGAAGAAAUACCACGAGAAAAGGCUUGCUCAGUUGCAAAAGGAAAUGGAAAACAAGUUGACAGAAAAUGCCCCAAAGUUUGGUCAGCUGUUGGAACUAAAUGGAAACAAACUAAGUGAGGCUAUUGACAAAGAGGAUCGCAAGGUUAUUAUUGUAAUCCACUUAUAUGAAGACACAAAUUCUUCGUGUAAACAAAUGAAUGCAUGUUUAAAAUGUCUUGCGAAGCAGUAUCCAUACAUAAAAUUUUGUAAAGUACGAGCUUCAACAGCCGGACUCAGUUUAAAUUUUAAGAUGAAUGCUUUGCCAGCAUUGCAAGUUUACAAAGAACGUGUCUUAAUUGGCAAUUUUCUAAAGAUGCAGGACAAACUUGAUGAAGAAUUUUAUGCAUCUGAUGUUGAAAACUUUUUGAUUGAUUCUGACAUUCUAACAAAUGGGACUAAUUUCGAUCAGGAUUUGGUGGACAGUGAUUAUGAACUGGAUUAA